UUUUUUUUUUUUUUUUUUCAAAAGCGAUUAGUUACAAAUCCAUCGACUUUUUCUGGUUCUACUGGAGACUUUUCUGGUGUUUGGAGACUGGGACGUGAAAGCACGGAUCGUCCUGCACAGAAGAAGCCAAAGUUGAAUUUUAAGUGAAACCUAAAAUUUGUAUCUGGUGAAGAUCACGUGAUUCCAGCAAACAUGGAUGGAAGACCCACCUGUGACCAGUGUGGGAAGACUUUCACCAACAUGAAAAACCUUAAGAGACACCUACGUGUCCACAGUGGAGAAAGACCAUAUGAAUGUGACCAGUGUGGGAAGACUUUCACCAACAUGAAUAACCUUAAGAGACACCUACGUGUCCACAGCGGAGAAAGACCAUAUGAGUGUGAUGAGUGUGGAAAGAAUUUCAUCACAAUGCAUAACCUUAAGGCACACCUACGCAUCCACAGUGGAGAAAGACCAUAUGACUGUGACCAGUGUGGGAAGACUUUCACCAGAAGAGAUAACCUUAAGACACACCUACGCAUCCACAGUGGAGAAAGAUCAUAUGACUGUGGCCACUGUGGAAAGAAUUUCACCAGAAUGAAUAGCCUUAAGGCACACCUACUAAGCCACAGAGUGGAAAGUCCAUAUGACUGUGACCAGUGUGGGAAGACUUUCACCAACAUGAAAAACCUUAAGAGACACCUACGUGUCCACAGCGGAGAAAGACCAUAUGACUGUGACCAGUGUGGGAAGACUUUUACCAGAAGAGAUAACCUUAAGACACACCUACGCGUCCACAGUGGCGAAAAACCGUAUGCCUGUGACCAGUGUGGGAAGACUUUCACCCAACUGUCUGCCCUUAAGACACACCUACGUAUCCACAGUGGCGAAAGACCAUAUGGCUGUGACCAGUGUGGGAAGACUUUCACCCACAUGAAUAACCUUAAGAUACAUCUACGUAUUCACAGCAGAGAAAGACCAUAUGACUGUGGUCAGUGUGGGAAGACUUUCACCAACAUGAGUAGCCUUAAGAGACACCUACACACUCACAGUGGAGAAAGACCAUAUGGCUGUUACCAGUGUGGGAAGACUUUUGCAAGAAUGAGUCAACUUAAAACCCACCUACACAUCCACAGAGGAGAAUGAUCAUAAAACUGUGACCAGUGGGAGAAGGCUUUCAGAGCUUUGUCGGCGUUAUUUUCUCACCAUUGU